UAAUUCUUAUUACAUAAUAAUACAGUAUAUUUGUUUAACAAUAUCAUAUCAAAAUUUGGACUUAAUUUAAACUCUUUAAUUUAAAUAAUGACUUCAGUUACCCUCGUUGGUGUUUCAGAAAAUGCAAGAACAACAGUUUUGCAGUCUAAAUUGUGGGAGAGAGGCGCCAUAAUAAAUACUUUUAUAGAAACAAUUCCAAAAUCAGAAACAAUUUAUUUAUAUCUACCAUUUAAUAAGAAAAUUCUCGACAUAAUCGGAAGAUAUAUAAACCGAGGAUAUAUAAUAUUAACUACAUUGAAUGAAUGUAUGGAAAUUUAUGAAAUCAGUGAAAAAUAUGAAAUGCUACAUUUAAAACAAUUAUGUAGGGAAGACAUGAUUCAAAAAAUGGAGUUGAAAAAUGUUUGUUCCAUUUAUCAAUUUGCUUCGUGUAGAAAGGACUCACUUAUAGAACUUCGCUGUUGGGAGAAAUUCGAUUCUCCAGGGGGAGAGAUAUUUAAAUGUUCAGAUUUCUUAAGAUGUCAUGAUUUUAUAAUCGAUCGCUUCGUAAAUCGAGAAAUAUACGAAAAUUUGUCUGAAUUCACUUUGUUUCGUGGUGUUUACAACUGGGUCAAAGCAAAAGUAUCAAGAACCAUACCUCUCGAAACAGAUCGAAUAAUCAUUAAUCAAGCAUGUCGGAAAACAAUGGAGAAAUUUUUGCUGAAAAUUAGAUUUCUUACAAUGGAUGAAGACGAACUGAAAUCUAAAGUAUUCAGAAUGGAUUUAUUAACGCAAAGAGAAAAAGAUUCCAUCAAUUCCUACAUUUCAGGGAUUAGCGGUUUAGAAAAUUUUCCAGAUACAAUUAGUCAAUGCACGGAUAAAAGAGAUGCUACCAGAUAUGAAUACUUGUUUGAGUAUCUUCAUAAACAUAAGUUUUAUGUGAAAAAGGAAUUCACUAUGACAUUUGAAACACGAUUCGAAUGUGAAAUAUUAGUGAAAGCAAUAUGUUUCGUAACUAAAAUCCAUCUACCUAUAAAACAUUCAAACGAAGGUGGCAUUUCAUUGUUUGUCUCAGGAUGCGUCGAUUAUGAAAGUAACAGAAUUCCGGAUCAGGAAUUAGUGUGUGAUCGUGAUGGAAAAGCAUGUUUGAAAGAACCUGUUCUUCUCUUCAAAAAUUCCAAAUGCCGUCUUUUAAUCAGAAUUCCAGAUGAAGAUAUAAGAGAUAAUCUAUUCAAAAUUUCAUCGAAAGCAAAUUAUUUCUUCUUUCAUGACAAAAUGAACGAUUAUUUGUUUUCGAGAAAGUGCCUUCAUGCAGAAAGAACUGACCGACUCUACUUUAAUGUCUCAUUAUAUUUCUAAACUUUAAUAGGUAAUUUUUAUACGUAUGAAAAUAUUAAACAGAAAUAAAAGUCCGAUUUACGUAAUUUUUAAUUAAAGAUGUAUCUUGUAUCAUGUAUAAACAAUGUAUCUUGCAGACAUUGUAUCUACAAAGACUUGUCACAGCUCAACUUUUAAAUCUAUCUUAAUUGCAACCGAGACACUGUUCAUUGCAAUUAAUAGUUUUAAGAGAAUUAGCAUGGUAUAGUAGCAAGGAAAAUAAAAAUUAUACU